UUCAAGCGUUGGAAGUUCCGAGUUCCCAACACAAGCAAAGAAUUAUAUCCUACGAUUAACCCAAACGUAAACACAUAUUCUCUCUCUGUUCCACGCACAGAAACCCACACUGCCAGAGAGAUCUACAAGAAUGGCGAGUGCAGCGUCAUCUUCACUGAGUUUGGAGGAUGUGCCGUCGGUGGAUCUAAUGACGGAGCUCCUCCGCCGCAUGAAGUGCUCAUCAAAACCGGACAAACGCGUCAUCCUCGUCGGCCCGCCAGGAUCAGGGAAAGGUACUCAGUCACCAAUAAUUAAGGAUGAGUAUUGCUUGUGCCACUUGGCUACUGGUGAUAUGUUGAGAACUGCUGUUGCUGCCAAAUCACCCCUUGGGAUCAAGGCUAAGGAAGACAUGGACAAGGGUGAACUUGUUUCCGAUGACUUGGUGGUUGGGAUAAUUGAUGAAGCUUUGAAAAAGCCUUCCUGCCAAAAAGGUUUCAUUCUUGAUGGAUUUCCGAGAACAGUGGUCCAAGCACAAAAGCUUGAUGAGAUGCUUGAAAAACGCGGUGCUAAAGUCGAUAAGGUUCUUAACUUUGCAAUUGAUGAUGCAAUCUUGGAAGAGAGGAUUACUGGUCGCUGGAUCCACCCAUCCAGUGGUCGCACCUACCACAUGAAGUUUGCACCUCCUAAAGUACCUGGGGUUGAUGAUGUCACUGGGGAGCCUUUAAUUCAACGUAAAGAUGACACUGCAGCUGUUCUCAAGUCAAGGCUGGAAGCUUUCCAUAAGCAGACUGAACCGGUAAUCGAUUACUACAAUAAGAAGGGUAUCGUGGCAAACCUUCCAGCAGAUAAACCACCUCAGGAGGUGAUGGCAGAUGUUAAGAAGGCACUCUCCUGAUGAAAGAUUUCCCCCUUUUUUUACUAGACCUAAAUAUUUAGAGCUCAGGUUUUUGGUCCUUGUAUUCUGUUACAUUAUGACAUUACCUGAUGAAGAGCAGCAGCACGGUUUUGUGGCCGUCGCUAACCUAACCCAAAACAUCCAGUGUUGAGAUGUUUAGACAAGAUAGAAAAUAAUUGUUGACAGCGGCUUUCCAAUGGCUUUAUUUAUUGGUUUGCUAACAUUAUAGUUGCUUACAUUUUUUAUAAACGGCUGGUUGCUCUCGUA